GGAUUGAUGAAUGCAAUAGCCAGGGAGAAACUGUUCUAUGUCCUCUCUGUCGGUCCCCCUGGGAUUCACAGGUAAAACCUGUGAGUACUCCAGCUUACCAUCACUUUGCUCCCUCUCCCUACACUGCUCCCUCCCAGUACUCUGCUCCUUCGGCACAGUACUCUGCUUCUAAACCGAGAAACCUAAGCCUGAGCUCCGGGUACUCAACUAUAUCCAGGACCAGUGAUACUCUCCACAUGAUAGAACAGGGCGGAUCUCCGGAGGAUAUUCCUCUGCCCAAGGCGGAACCGAUUCCUCAACAGCACUGGCAUCUGGCCAGCUCCUGGAUUCAGCUGUAUGGACGGGAUCUGGUCUCGUGUCUCUUUUCCAGGGACUGGUUGAAGAGAGAGACAGGGUUGAGAAGGUUAGCUCGUGAGGUGGUGAAGAUCCUGCAGCAUGGAUCAGGGGAGUAUACGGAGAAGAUGGAGAGGAGUUGGAAAUGUUGUGUUGAGAUCCUUCAACUUCUACUGGAGGACAAGGUUUACAAGGUUUACCUCGCAGCAGUCAAGACGCUUCGCGCCCUGCUUAACUUUCUCAACUGCAGGGACGAAACCCAGUUUCAACAGAUUAAAACCCAAAUCCGCCCUCUGCUACAUUGUAUCCUGAUCAAGUGUGCAGAUGGGAACCGGAGAAUAAGCGAGGUCAGUACUGAAACCCUCCUGGAGAUAUCCCGAGGACAUGAGGCUGACUUUGCUAUAGGAAAGCAUGCCUCCUUGAAUAUCUCGUAUUGCGGGUUGGAUCUUCUAAUCCACCUAGUCCUGGAGGAGAGGGAGGUUCACGGUGUAUCCUGGCAAUUGAUAAUGGGACGUCUAGUUCUUCUUACCAGGAUGCUGGAGACCCUCCCCCAGGAGUUCUCAUUGGAGAACAAGAACGCCCAUACUAACUUCAACAGGUUGAUGAUGAUUAUUGACUUUAGUUUUCAGAACCUGAGCAGUACACACACCAACGUGAGAAAACUAGCAAAGAAGGUGUUUACUUUAGCUGCCAGGAAUACUGUAGCAGAUAAUACAACUUUUAACCAGGUCUGGGAGCUACUUGGAGCUCUAGAUUCAACCCUAGAGAUGAGAAUGAAGAAGAAUAUUACAUCUGCUGUGGAAGAGUUGUAUCUAGGAGAAGCUAGAUCUCAGUGCUCCUCUGUAACUCUAUCCACUGGGUCCCAAAACCUCCUGGAUAGAUCCAUGUUCUUGGAGAACUUUCUGAACGAGUGUUCUAACCAACACACGGAGCAAAAUAUCUGUAAAUCUAUUCCAGGGAAGAGGAAAGGUUGGAGACCUCCUCUUCUCCGCAGUACCUCACACAGUCCGUCCAGACAACAAGUUCGGAGCUCAUCCCAGAGCCCGUCCAGGUUCUUAUCCCAGAGUCCUGCUCGACACCUGAGCAAACCGAUGAUCAAGAACUCAUUCUGCCAAUCAGCCUACAAUGUAAACCUACAAUCCAAGCGACCAAGCUACCUACCCUUGAACAAGCCAAGGGUUUUAUCAAGACUAGCACAGAAAUCUAAAAUCCAGGAUCUAGCUCGCGAUGUUCUCCCGAAGUUUGAUCUGUCCUUUCUCUCUGGGUCCCCUGAAGAUAUGGAUCUAGGUGAGGAGGUUCUGGAGAUUCUCCAUCCUACCAAACCAACCCGGCCUACUCCAACAAGGCAGGAGAGUACAUGCAAACCAGGACGAGGGGACGGUUCCUGCAGAUCUCCUCCUGUAUACAGAACAAGGGGGUCUAAGGACAGUGGUCUAGGGAGUAGGACGCCCUUGUCCUCUCCGCUCCUCAGAGAGAAACGAUCUGGGUCCUGUAAGGAUCUAGUGGACUAUGAGGAGAACCUCGCCCUAGCUCUAGCUCUAUCUCGGAGUAUAUACCAUGAAACUCCGCUCCCUCAUAUACCAGGACUUUCCCAGAAGAUAACUCAGGAUGUGCUGGCUCACCCUCAUAAACAGAUUUUGGAGGGAGGAGAGGAGAAACGGAGUUAUCUUGAAGGAAGAGAUUGGACUAAAGGACGGGUUUUGGGAACUGGAGCUUUCUCUACUUGUUACCAGGCCCGGGAUGUUGAGACUGGAACUAUUAUGGCAGCAAAGCAAAUAUCGUUCUGCCGUAACUCUGAGGAGGAACAGGAGAAGGUUGAGGAGCUGGUAAGAGAAGAGGUUACUCUAAUGUCCCGUCUCCAGCAUCCUCACACUGUCCGGAUGUACGGAGCUAUCCAGGAGGGGAGCCAUGUCAAUGUAUUUGAAGAAUGGAUGCCGGGUGGAAGUAUCUCCAGCCUACUUGACCGGCACGGACCGUUUACAGAGCAGGUCACACUGCGGUAUACUCAUCAGAUACUACUAGGACUAGAAUACCUUCAUGCUAAUGGGGUUUUACACAGGGAUCUUAAAGGAGCAAACUUACUGGUUGAUACAUCCGGCCAUCAGCUAAGAAUUGCAGAUUUUGGAGCCGCUGCUAGAAUGCUUUCAGGAUUUACUAUUCCAGGGGAGUUUCAAGGGGAACUUCAGGGAACUGUUGCUUUCAUGGCCCCUGAGGUGCUCAGGGGCGACAGCUAUGGUCGCGCCUGCGAUAUUUGGUCUCUAGGGUGCACGAUUAUAGAAAUGGCGACAGGGAAACCGCCCUGGGGUGAACACCAAGUCUCAAAUCGCUUCGCGCUGAUAUUUAGGGUUUCUGGAUAUCACUGUGGUUCAUCCAGCUUUUAA